UAUCAAAGAAGAAUAUUUGCCUGGGCCUGGAAGGGUGAUGUGGCUGGGGUUUCGCCGGCCUCACUAUGUCUGCCAUUUUCAAUUUUCAGAGUCUGUUGACUGUAAUCUUGCUGCUUAUAUGUACCUGUGCUUAUAUCCGAUCCUUGGUACCCAGCCUCCUGGACAGAAAUAAAACUGGGUUGUUGGGUAUAUUUUGGAACUGUGCCAGAAUUGGUGAACGGAAGAGUCCUUAUGUUGUGGUAUGCUGUAUUGUGAUGGCCUUCAACAUCCUCUUCAUACAGUAGCUUGGGAAAAUGCCAGAAUUCAGUUGCAGUCAGAUUUAAAUAUGAAAAAAAAAAGGACUUAUCUGCAGAAAAUAAUGGAAAGAAUGGUUAACCCUUUUAUCUCUGAACAUUGAAUGAGAUAAAUUUUCAGCUGCUGUUCUCUAUUUUUGUUAUUGGACCAAUGUUCUAUAUAAAUAAUUAGGAUGUAACCAUUUAAUACUCAGAGUUUAAAUAUGUCUGUAACAAUCAACCUCAGUACUGUCACUACAAUAUUACAUUCUGCAUAUGUCAUUCUAUUGUGUCAGAUACCAGUUUUUAGUGAGGUAUCUUUAAGGCACGUAGGAGAAAACAAAAUUGAUAAAUUACAUAAGUUCCUUUCACCGUGAUUUGGAAAUGAUAAAUCUUUAUAGAAUGAGACUUUUUGAACUAGCUUUUU